CGGGCCCGGCGGGCCAUGGGGGGACGGCAGGGGCGAGCGGCGGCGGCGGCCGCGCUGCUGGCGCUGGGGCUGGCGCUGGCCGGCGGCGCGGCGACGUGCCCCGAGCGGGAGCUGGAGCGGCGGGAGGAGGAGGCCAACGUGGUGCUCACGGGCACCGUGGAGGAGAUCAUGAACGUGGACCCCGUGCACCACACCUACUCCUGCAAGGUGAGAGUCUGGCGUUAUCUGAAAGGCAAAGACAUCGUCACUCAUGAGAUUCUCUUGGAUGGUGGGAACAAAGUGGUGAUUGGUGGCUUUGGGGACCCCUUGAUCUGUGACAACCAAGUCUCUACUGGGGACACGCGGAUUUUCUUCGUCAACCCUGCUCCACAGUACAUGUGGCCUGCACACCGCAACGAGCUGAUGCUGAACUCAAGCCUCAUGCGGAUAACGCUGCGCAACCUGGAGGAGGUGGAGCACUGUGUGGAGGAACAUAGGAAGCUUCUUGCUGACAAGCCUAAUAGUUACUUUACCCAUACACCGCCAACCCCACGAGAUGCGUGUCGAGGAAUGCUCUGUGGAUUCGGGGCGGUGUGCGAGAGGAGCUCCACUGACCCCUCCCAGGCCUCCUGUGUCUGCAAGAAGACAGCUUGCCCUGUGGUGGUGGCUCCUGUCUGUGGCUCAGAUUAUUCCACCUACAGCAAUGAGUGUGAGCUGGAGAAGGCCCAAUGCAACCAGCAGAGGCGGAUCAAAGUCAUCAGCAAAGGAGCGUGUGGCUCCAAGGACCCCUGCACAGAGGUGACAUGCAGCUUUGGCAGUACAUGCGUCCGUUCCACAGAUGGCCAGUCAGCCAAGUGCGUCUGCCCAUCAUCCUGCAGCACUGUGGCUGAGAGCAUGGUGUGUGGCAGUGAUGGCAAAGACUACCGCAGCGAAUGUGACCUCAACAAGCAUGCCUGUGACAAGCAGGAGAAUGUCUUCAAGAAGUUUGAUGGGGCCUGUGACCCUUGUAAAGGCGUCCUCAAUGACAUGAACCGCGUGUGCCGGGUGAACCCCCGCACCCGAAGGGCAGACCUGCUCUCCCGCCCUGAGAACUGUGCCCCGAAGAGGGAGCUUGUGUGCGGUGACGAUGGGGUGACUUACGACAAUGAAUGCGUGAUGGGGCGUUCAGCGGCCAUCCGGGGGUUGGAGAUCCAGAAGGUGCGUUCAGGGCAGUGUCAGCAUCAGGACAAAUGCAAGGAUGAAUGCAAGUUCAACGCUGUCUGUCUGAACCGUCGUGGUACCACCCGCUGCUCCUGUGACCGCAUUGCCUGCGACGGUGCCUACCGCCCUGUCUGUGCCCAGGACAGCCGGACAUACAGCAAUGACUGCGAGCGCCAGAAGGCCGAGUGCCAACAGAAAGCUGCCAUCCCAGUAAAGCACAGUGGACCCUGUGACCUGGGCACACCCAGCCCCUGCCUGAGUGUAGAGUGCACCUUUGGGGCCACCUGUGUGGUGAAGAACCAGGAGGCUGUGUGUGAGUGCCAGCAGGUGUGCCAGGGACGCUAUGACCCUGUGUGUGGCACUGACAACCGCACCUAUGGCAACCCCUGUGAGCUCGACUCCAUGGCCUGUGUCCUCAAGAGAGAGAUCAAAGUGAAACACAAGGGACCCUGCGAUCGCUGUGGCAAGUGCCACUUUGGAGCCAUCUGUGAGGCAGAGACAGGAAGGUGUGUUUGCCCCACGGAGUGCGUCCCCUCCUCUCAGCCUGUGUGUGGUACAGAUGGCAACACGUAUGGCAGCGAGUGUGAGCUCCACGUCCGGGCAUGCACACAGCAGACGAACAUUUUGGUGGCUGCCCAGGGAGACUGCAAGUCCUGCGGCAACACCGUCUGCUCCUUUGGCAGCAAGUGCCUAGGUGGACAGUGCAUAUGCCCACGUUGCGAGAGGCAGCCCUUUGUCCAGGUGUGUGGGAGUGAUGGCCUCACCUAUGACAACCAGUGUGAACUACAGGUAGCCUCCUGCCAGCAGAAGAAGAACAUUGAGGUCUCCAGGACAGGGCCCUGUGAGGACGAGUGUGGUUCAGGGGGCUCUGGCUCUGGUGAUGGCAGCGAGUGUGAGCAGGACCGCUGCCGGCAGUACGGGGGUUGGUGGGAUGAGGACGCAGAGGAUGACCGCUGUGUAUGUGACUUCAGCUGCCUGGCCGUGCCACGCAACCCGGUGUGUGGCUCUGAUGGUGUGACCUACACCAAUGAAUGUGAGCUGAAGAAGACACGGUGUGAAAAACACCAGGAUCUCUAUGUCACUAGCCAAGGAGCUUGCCGCGCCCUUGCCACAACCUCACCACCUCUCCCAGUUGUGCACUGUAGCCAGACCAUCUAUGGAUGCUGUCCAGACAACAUGACUUUGGCGCUCGGAGUGGGGUCAGCUGGGUGUCCGAGCACCUGCCAGUGUAACCCCUAUGGCUCCUACGGGGGGGCCUGUGACCCCACCAUGGGGCAGUGCUCCUGCAAGCCGGGCGUGGGGGGCCUGAAGUGCGACCGCUGCGAGCCUGGCUUCUGGAACUUCCGCGGCAUCGUCACCGACAGCAAGAGUGGCUGCACGCCCUGUAAUUGCGACCCAGUGGGUUCAGUGCGCGAUGACUGUGAGCAGAUGACUGGACUAUGCUCUUGCAAGACUGGUAUCACUGGCAUGAAGUGCAACCAGUGCCCCAACGGCAGCAAGCUGGGCAUGACUGGCUGUGAGAAAGACCCAUCAGCCCCAAAAUCGUGCGAGGAAAUGAGCUGUGAGUUUGGGGCCUCGUGCGUAGAAGUCAAUGGCUUUGCCCACUGCGAGUGCCCAUCCCCACUCUGCUUGGAGGCCAACAUGACCAAGGUGUGUGGCUCUGAUGGUGUCACUUACGGGGACCAGUGCCAGCUGAAGACUAUUGCGUGCCGGCAGGGACAGGUCAUCACAGUGAAGCAUGUGGGGCAGUGCCAUGAGACCAUCACUCAUGCAAGCCACACCACACCGCCCAGACCACUGCCCACAUUACCCCUGGACAAGUUAAUUCUUCCUCCCCCGCUCCAGCUUACUACCCGGGCUCCUGAGCCCACUGAGGCAGCUACCAGCUCCCUGCUGUUGGAAGCCAAGGCUACUGUAAGAGGUCACCCCACGACAAGACGAGUGACUACUGCCAGACCAGCCACUACACCAUGGAUGACCCAUGGUGUGCAUAAGACCACCAUCCGCCCCCUCUCUACUGCUCCAGUGGUCCUGGCCACCACCCAGCCUGCCUAUGUUGAAUCAGGCAGUGCAGAAGGCAGUGGAGACCAAGAGAUGGGCAUCAGCGGAGACCAGGAAUCUAGUGGGGCAGGUUCUGCUGGGGAAGAAGAGGUGGAAGAAAGCCAGGUAACUUCCACCCCAGCCAUCGAGAGGGCAACAUGUUACAACACCCCGCUUGGAUGCUGCUCUGAUGGCAAGACUGCGGCUGCUGAUACAGAAGGGAGCAACUGUCCUGCUACCAAAGUCUUCCAAGGAGUCCUCAUCUUGGAGGAGGUGGAAGGCCAGGAGCUGUUCUACACACCUGAGAUGGCUGACCCCAAGUCCGAGCUCUUCGGGGAGACGGCCAGGAGCAUUGAGAGUGCGCUGGAUGAGCUUUUCCGAAAUUCUGACGUUAAGAAGGAUUUCAGGAGCAUCCGUGUCCGAGACCUGGGGCAGAGCAGCGCUGUUCGUGUCAUUGUGGAGUCCCACUUUGACCCAGCCACUUCCUACACGGCAGCUGACGUCCAGGAGGCCCUGCUAAAGCAGAUCAAAGCUUCCAAGAAGCAGACCAUCCUGGUGAAAAAGCCCCAGCAGGAGCAUGUCAAAUUCAUGGAUUUUGACUGGAUCCCCAGGCUCUUCACCACCACCAUGACCACAACCACGGCCACCACCAUGGGACCCACCACAACACGGAGGUAUACCACAGCUGCUGUUGCCACCACAGCCCAUGUUCUGCAACCAGAUGCUGUGGGCAGGCCCAGCAUCAAGAUGGCAGGACCUGUGAGCACCAAAAGACCCACCUCCACCCUCCUGGCCACCACCCGGCGGAAGCCCACACGCCAGCCCCCUGUCCCAAAGAAGCCAUCGCGGCCUUGCGACUCUCACCCCUGCCUGCAUGGUGGCACCUGUGAGGAUGAUGGGAAAGAGUUCAUCUGCAGCUGCCCAGCGGGCAAAGGGGGAGCUGUCUGUGAGAAAUCUAUCAGGUACUUCAUCCCCAGCUUUGGUGGCAAGUCCUACCUAGCCUUCAAGAUGAUGAAGGCGUACCACACCGUGCGCAUUGCCAUGGAGUUCAGGGCCGCAGAACAAAGUGGGCUGCUGCUCUACAACGGGCAGAACCGUGGCAAAGACUUCAUCUCCCUGGCGCUGGUCGGUGGCUUUGUGGAGCUCAGGUUUAACACUGGUUCCGGCACAGGCAUCAUCACCAGCAAAGUUCGCAUCGAGCCUGGCAAGUGGCACCAGUUAGUGGUGAACCGGAACCGCCGCAAUGGCAUGUUGUCUGUCGACGGGGAGCCCCAUGUCAAUGGGGAGAGCCCAACGGGCACCGAUGGGCUCAACCUCGACACAGACCUGUUCAUCGGAGGUGCGCCAGAAGACCAAAUGGCUGUGGUGGCAGAUCGUACCUCAGCUACGGCCGGCCUGAAGGGCUGUAUCCGCCUCUUGGACGUGAACAACCAGAUGUAUGACCUGCGGGAGAAAGGCAGUGAUGUGCUGUAUGGCAGUGGAGUGGGCGAGUGUGGCAAUGACCCCUGUCACCCCAACCCCUGCCACCAUGGUGGCAUCUGCCAUGUCAAGGAGGCAGAGAUGUUCCACUGCGAGUGUCUCUACACCUACACCGGUCCAACAUGUGCCGAUGAGAGGAAUCCCUGCGACCCUAUGCCCUGCCAUGUCUCUGCCACCUGCUUGGUGCUGCCAGAGGGAGGUGCCUUGUGUGCCUGUCCCAUGGGGCGGGAAGGAGACUUCUGUGAGCAAGGUGGGACUGGAGCUGGGAGAGGAGGGGCAGUGACAGAGCAGGACCACACCAUCCCCUUCCUCCCAGAGUUCAACGGCUUCUCCUACCUGGAGCUGAAUGGGCUGCAGACCUUUGUGCCUGACCUGCAGGACAAAAUGUCCAUGGAAGUUGUGUUCCUGGCCAAGAACCCCAGCGGCAUGAUCUUCUACAAUGGGCAGAAGACAGACGGCAAAGGGGACUUUGUCUCCCUGGCCUUACACGAUGGCUACUUGGAGUACAGAUACGACCUGGGCAAAGGGGCAGCUGUGCUCAGGAGCAAAGAGCCGGUUCCCCUCAAUACCUGGAUAAGUGUUUUGCUGGAGAGGAAUGGGCGCAAAGGGGUAAUGCGGAUCAACAGCAGUGAGAGGGUGAUGGGAGAGUCACCGGUGCCUCACACCUUCCUGAACCUGAAGGAGCCCUUUUAUGUGGGAGGAGCCCCUGACUUCAGCAAGCUGGCUCGAGCUGCAGCGAUCUCCACUAGCUUGGAUGGGGCUGUGCAGAGGAUCUCCAUCAAGGGAGUGCCUGUCCUGAAGGAAGAGAACAUCCGCAGUGCCAUUGCAGUCUCCUCCUUCCGAGGCCACUCCUGCACCCAGAAACCAAAUCCCUGCCAGAAUGGAGGCACUUGCAGUCCCCGGCUAGAGAGCUACGAGUGUGCCUGCCAGAGGGGUUUCUCCGGGGCUCACUGUGAGAAAGUGAUCAUUGAGAAGGCAGCUGGAGAUGCAGAGGCCAUUGCUUUUGAUGGUAGGACAUAUAUGGAGUACCACAAUGCUGUGACAAAGAGUGAGAAGGCCUUGCAGUCGAACCACUUUGAACUAAGCAUCAAAACAGAAGCUACCCAGGGGCUGAUCCUGUGGAGUGGGAAGGGGCUGGAGCGAUCAGACUACAUCGCCCUUGCUAUAGUGGAUGGCUUCGUACAAAUGACCUACGACCUCGGCUCCAAGCCAGUCAUCCUACGAUCCACAGUCCGAGUAAACACCAACCAGUGGAUUCAUAUCAAAGCGUACAGGGUACAGAGAGAAGGUUCCCUUCAAGUUGGCAAUGAAGCCCCAAUUGCUGGCUCCUCUCCACUUGGCGCAACACAGCUGGAUACAGAUGGGGCCCUGUGGCUGGGGGGAAUGGAGAAGCUCAGUGUGGCUCACAAGCUGCCCAAGGCCUACAGCACUGGCUUUAUCGGCUGCAUAAGGGACGUCAUUGUUGACCGCCAAGAACUGCAUCUGGUGGAGGACGCUUUAAACAAUCCCACGAUAUUACACUGCUCAGCCAAAUAGAUGCCCAGGGACCCUUCCUUCUCCUUCCCUCCCUCCUGCCUAUUGCUGUAAUUAUUUUCUAUUUUUGUAAACUUAUUGCUUUUUAUAUUUUGGGGGAGAAGGGAUAAGGGAGGGGGGAGGAAACACCUUUUCUCUUGGGUUAUUUGUUCAGUUGCAGUAUAUCCAGGUCAGUCAGACUCUAAUCAAACAGCAGCAACAAAGAACAAACCCUGAACUAAGUCUCCAAGAAGUGACAGAAGAACUUCCCCAUUGCAUCUGCACUGUAAAUCUCAUCCAUACUUGAAGCUUUUCUUGGUUUUGUUUUUUUUUUCCCCUCUUUACUUGUGUUUUUGGGUUAUUGUUCACGCCCUGGAGGGAAAGGAAAGGAUUACGGUGCUGGCAAGACCUGUGGCCUUUGUGGAUUCACUGCAUACCCACCUCAGGCCUGGCCCCAAAGCCCCUUCUUCAGUGCUGGCUGAACAGGGAAGUAGCCAUCUGAAAGUGGGAAUUACCAAAUUGCUCCGGGGCCUCGCUCUACCAAGCCUUCUCCUGGCCAUGUGUUCACCCUAUUUCCCUCCUCCCCGCUUCCUCCCACUAUAAUUUAUGUGUGUAGGGAUCUCAACUGCUUUUCUCCUUUAUGGUCUGUUAAAAUCAGGGAUGCCAUGCACUGGAAGAGAGACUAAGAUCUGCUCUGAGCAGGCAGAAAAGCAUUGCUCUUCAGUUGUCUUAUGACUGUUUGCUGGACUGCGAGGUGCUCUAGGCGGACUUUUUUCUCUGUUGGCUCUCCUCCUUCUGUUGGACAUGUACAGAAGCAGCUGUGAAACCUUAUUUUCAGGCUUUGUGUUUGUCUAAACAUGUCCCAAAUGCCUGCUUGCCCUGGCUGCUCUUCCCAAGAGCUUCUGUGUACUAAAUGUUGCUGUCCCAUGCACCAGAGAGAACUUGCAGUCAAACAGGCCUGCGAGGGCACAGGAUUGGAUCGCUUUUCACUUUCAAAAAUCUGUUCGACAUAUCCUUCCCUGACCCAUGUCCAUUUUCCAGCCUUCUGGCAUGACCUGCCCUCUCUCUACCAUGAUGACAGUGCAGCUGACCAGCAUGUGAAUCGCUGUAGACCUGGUAUUAGAGCCUGUGCCGUGAAGGGUAAUUGGAGUUUUACUUUUGACUUAUGUUUUUGCAAUGUCCAGUGCAUUGCAGGGGCUUCCAAGCCAUGAUCAAAGUUCCUCUGGAUGCCGCCAGCACACCAGCAAUAGCUUCAAUGGGAACAGGAGUGGGCCUUGAGCCAGCUAUCGAGGCAGUAGUGUCUGGGAGGAGGUUUUUAAACCAUUUUAUUCAUGCAAAUCUUGAAAGCAAAUACUAUUUUGCCAGCUACAAAGCCUGUGUGUGUGUUCAUGAGUGAAUGUGUGUGUGUUUGUGAGUGCCUGUUAACCAGCACACAUUUACAUGCAAACACUGAAUCUCCUCUAAGCAGGAGGAAAACAAACCAUGAGACUGUUGAAAAGGAUGGCAGCCAUGAAAAGGAAUGACCCACUGCAUUCAGGUCACUUCUCCAUGGGAGGAACUUACUGAUGCUGUCUAACACACUGUGUCCCUUUCCCACCCUGAGCAGGCAGCUGGCAUUGCUUUGUGUAAAACCUGGUUUAUAGAGCAUGCAGAAUUAAUUUGAAAGAUCCUGCUAGGUAUCGUGUUACUUAAUAUCCAGGGUGCCAUCACUUUGCAGUUUUGCCAUAAAUUUUUUAAUCCACUUCUAGCAUUUUCUUCCCUCAAAAAUUGUUUCUCAGCACUGAAUUUUGAGCAAUGAAAAGUCAAAUUGCUUUUCUCAGGGCGACCUCUGAACAUAGAUGUAAUGAAGGGGAACAGCAUAUGCUGAAAUUACCUGGGUUUCUUUUUCUUUCCUUCUUUCUCUAAAAUAAAGGGCAAAGCUGAAUGGGUUCCAUUUCUAAAGCCAAAAAAGUUACAUGAAGGACUUUGGAAUAUGUGUGUUGGAGGCCUCACAAGGCCCUGUUUUGAAUUUGCAGUUCCCUGUUCUUUUGGGGCAGGGUGGUGGUUUGGGAACAGGGAUUUUUCAUGGUCCUUGCUAGUGCAUUUCUUCUCUUCCCUCCCUCUCGGAUUUUUCUUUUCCUGAUCCAGCUUGAAGAAACCUUCAUGCCACCCAAGCAACCAUUGUUUCCUGCACUAACAAGCAAGACUUACCCUAUCAGCUGCCUCCUGCAGAAAGCUCUGUCUACUAAGUUGUCAUCCUUCUAAAAAUUCCGUGGUUAAAUAUCUCAUGGAGGGUUGUGGCAUCUGUGAAAUGAACUGGAGACUCCAGUGUGGGUGUGGGUGUGAGUAUGGCAAUACCACAUUUUAGGUGACUAUUGUAUAUAUAUUGUGGUUUCUAGUGGAGAGUACUCUGACUGUGUUAUGAAGCAGACGGAGUGCUGUAUUUUGAUCACAAGGUGUAGAUUGCCAGGGGCUGACUAGAACUGCAGGAUGGGGUAGGAUGGGAGGGAAGUGUGAGACUCUUGCUUUGUGUUUUGGGAAUGUGGAGUCUAGUGGACAACAUAACUGCGUUAGCUGAGAUUGGGGUCUGAAGAUGCCAAUUCCGGAGGGAGAGAGGCAUGCACAGAGGAAGCUGCUAAUUUUCCAGAAUGUCACUGAAAUGAAGCCAAGGUCACUGCAAAAAAACAAAAACUCUGUCUGCUUUUGCUGGGGCUUGGAACUGCCUUAAAACAGGACAUUGUGUCCUUGUCGAGCAUCUUGAACCAAGGUCAGAUUCAGCAGUGCUCCUUAGGGGCCGUGCACUUAACUUCGGCUUUAUUUUUAAUAGCAUUUAUAACACGUAUGUACAACAAAGAUAUUGAGGUUUGUUUUUUUCUGGGGGUUGUUUGUUUUUGCUCUUUUUUUAAAAAAAAAAGUCUGUCCAUGUGGCUUCAUUUAUAGGGUAAAUUAAUGACCAUUGUAAACUGCUGUAUGAAUUCUGAAGGGCAAUGCACAGUAGAGGAGCGGCAUGAUAUAACCAUUACUAACUUGUGUCUUUCGUCAAUCACCAUGAAAUAAAGUUUGAAAACUAUUAAAUAUGUUUUAAAGGGA